AUGCCCGAUAGCGUCCCACUGGAAGCACUCCGCAACGGCCUCUGGUAUGACUCCAAGUUCAAGGAGGAUUUGUCACUAAAACCCCCUGCGACUCUGGAGGACGCGUUCCACCGCUCCGGAACUACAUCUUCCUCGAGGAAGACCAAACGCUUCUAUGCCGAGAAGCAUGGAGAUAGGAGGGCAACCUCGUCGAAACCCAGAGAGGAACCUGGAGGUACGAAGAAGACACGAUCCGAAGAGGUCUCUCCUCGCAGCGUUCGCAGCAGCCGACGACGAGUCCGAGCAAGAGCACGCAGCGCGUUUCGAUGCCACAAGACAUCAACUCCGCUCGGAGAUGACAACGACACCAAAGCUUUCUGCAAAUUCCACGGGAGAACUGGCCACGCCACUGAAAACUGCAAACACCUAUGA